CUCAUACACACAACCAACACGAACAAGGCUUCCAUCGUCUCGGAAGGCGCGAACACAGUUGGGCAAGUCUUUCGGCGAGCUGGACCUUUCCCCUCUCUCCCCAUACAUUGGCCACAACGUCGACAAGCAUGGCAGCGAUGCCGCUUCCCCCGCUCAACCUUGUCACCGCGGCGGGUCUGCUUGCGGCGGUCCUCGGCGCGGUCCUUGGCACCGCGCUGCUGCUGCGCCCCUCGGGCCGCGCGCCGGUGGUGCUCUCCGCCUGGCCUGGGCUGCUGUGGCUCUACCUACAGGCCAUUGCAGCCGUCGCCAAGGGCACGCCGCGCAAGGGCCGCGACGCGGCGGCCGGCAGCAAGGCCAUCCAGGUGGCGCUGUCGCGGCCCUGCCACUUCGGCCACUCGCGGCUGCGGCGCUACCUGGCCCUGGCGGGUUUCAGCGAGGGCACUGCGGGGGCGGUGCCGUUGAUGUACCCCGUCGUGGAGGGCUUCAGGCUGGUAAUCCAGUGUAUGGUGCUGCCGGCCUUCCCCUUUAACGUGCUGGGCAGUGUGCUGGCGCGCACCCGCGUCGUGGCGCUGCGGCGGGUGGGCGCAGAGGAGAAGCUCACAUACAGCUGCCGCCUGGAGCCCGGCUACCGCACCACGGCCAAGGGCGACACUGAGGUCGACUUCGUGCUCGAGUGCCGGGGCGCGGCGGCACCAGCAGCCGGCGGCGCGGCCGCGGCGCCGGGGGCGGCAGGCUCGGCGCUGGUGUGGCGCUGCGUCACCACCGCCCUCAUCCUGUCGCCGCGCCGCAGCAAGGGACCCAAGCCGGCUGCCGGCCAGGAGCCCGCCGGCGCCGCCGCAGCCGCGGCGCCGCUGCCCGCCCCGGCGGUGAUCGACACGUGGCGGCUGGGGUCUGACACGGGCCGCCGCUACGGCGCCCUCAACGGCGACCUGAACCCCAUCCACCUGCACGCGCUCACCAGCAGCCUGUUCGGCUUCAAGCGCCCCAUCGCGCACGCGCUGUUCCUCACCGGCCGCGCCGAGGCGUCGCUGCGGAAAGCGGGCCUGCAGCCGCGCUACCCCGUGGUCCUGUCCGCGGAAUUCAAGCGCCCCACGCUGCUGCCUGCCACGCUCAAGUGCGCCUGGCUGGGGCUGCCGCCACCCGCCGCCUCCGCAACGGCGGCGGCGGCUGCGGGCGAGCACGCGGCGGCGGUGGCGGCGGCGCUGGAGAGCGCGGAGGGCGCUCGCUUCGCGGUGCUGACUGAGGACCUGGGCAAGGAGGUGCUGGUGGGGGCCGUGAGCUGCCGGGCGGAGGCGGUCAGGGCGGCGCUGGGGGAGGAGUGAGCGAGGCGGGGAGCUGCGCGGCAGGGCCGAGGCAAGCCGAGGCGUAGCGUGGCGGAGCCGAGGCGCGGCGGAGGCAGGCAGGCGGGCGGGCAGGCAUGCAAGGGAGGGGCUCUUUGGUGAGGGUUGGUUGCAGCGGCUGCAGGAAUGCGCAGUAUGAUUGAGCGGGUGGUUGCCUGGCGGGCUGCUGUUGACGUGUUGCUUGCUGCCCAUUGACGUUGAAACGCAAAUUGUGCCGCCGAGGUGGUCUCUGUUGGGGCCUUCACGAGAAUUGGGGCACGGAUUCCUGCAAUGGGGGAGGAGUACUGGAGUAGAGGUCCACAUAGCCGCACCUUGGUCGACAUGAUCAACGGGGAUCCUUGAUUACCGUACACUCUGACUGAGCCCGGAUGGAUUGGUCGAAUGGAUCAUUUGGACGAUUGGACACACAUGUAAGUGUUGAAGUUG